GUAAGUAAAGAAAUCAAUUUUAUUUUGGUACUUUCAUACAAUCCAAUGAAGUAGACAAACCAUGAGCCAUUUGGGUCUAACGGAUGUGCACCAGUCCCAGGAUGCCACUCCAGAUUUGGAAUCCUUCACCGGUUUCGGGAACUCCGCCGCAGAGGCUUUUAUUCAAAGUCUCGCAGGAAUGGUGAACCAGGGAGAUGUAGAGACCAUGAUUCGGGCUCAAAAGCAAAUGCUGCAACGCUUCGAAAAAACCAAUGAGAUGCUCCUAAACUGCAAUGCCCUUUCGCAGAGUCGCCUGAAAAGCGCAAGCGAGGAUUUCAAGAGGCAUGUGAAAUGCCUGAAUGACAUGAAGAAGGAUCUGGACUAUAUAUUCCGAAAGAUACGGGUCAUCAAGCAGAAGCUGCAGUUGCAGUUUCCCGCCAUUUAUGCCGAGGUGCAGCCGCAAAGGAGCAGUUUGGCGGAGGAAGCCGAGGAUGACACGGAAGCCCAAGCCAAAAAGGCCUCGGAAACACCUGCUCCAUCCGCAGAAAAACCCAACCCAUCCACUGGGGGGGCCACCAAGAAAAGUGCCGCCGCCACCAUUGAGUAUGUGCAAAUGGAGGAGGCCGUGGACAACGGCACCGUGGAGAUCGAAAACGAGCUGAUCAAGCGCGUCUGCUCCGUGGAAACGGCCAAUCCCAAUGACUCCUCCGACUGCACUUCCGAGGAUACAGGCUAA